CCAGGUCCUCUCGUAGUCAGUACUCAGUAGCCAUAUUUCGCGAUUCGCUCUUGCCACUGGUUAAAAUUGAAGUAAUUGCUUCUUGUAAACGUCAUAUAAUUUUCAUUAUUUGCCAAAAUCCAUAACAAUAAGCAUCAUGAACUUUGGAGAGCAGAAGAACGAAGCUUCGCUAAACAAUGAUGAAACUAAACACGGGCGCCAUGAUGCUCACAAACAUCAUGACACAAUGGGAGAAAUUGUGCAAUCCCAGGGGCAUCCUGAUAAUGUGAAGAAUAAGCAUGUUGAUUUGGUUGAUAAUCAAGUCAAAGAAGUGAAUCCACAUUCUGAAAGUUUGGGUACAUAUCAAAUAGACAAGUAUGGAAACUGCGUGGAAAGGGAUCUUAAAUAUCAUCACAGCUCUACAUAAUAACUUAACAAAUAACAACCUAUAUCAAUAUUUUAAUGUUAUUAUUCUAGAUAAAUAGUAGGGUAAAAAUCAAAUGCACCAUGUAAGGGCUAUUCAAAAAAAAAAAAUUUGAGUGCACUAUUUUUUUUUUUUACUAGAAAAUAUUAUUUAAACUAUUAAAGCUAACAUGCUUACUGAUUUUUAUAUUUUAUAACUAAUCUUUUUAAGUAUAGUAUUUUUUUAUACACUAAUAAAAUAUAUUAAUCUAAAAACUAUUAGUAUUGGCAAUA